GAAGAAAAUUGUGUGUUUUGUAGAAAUAAUAUUUGAUUUGCAAUUAUUAAAUUGGAUGCAAUGGAAAGUGAUGAAGUGUAAUUGGAUUCGUAUCGACGAAAGUAGGAGUGGAAGAUAACGCGCAUUAUCUGCGUAGAAAACAUUCGCGAUAAUCGCGUCGAGAAAAGGUGUCGAUUGACGAAAGUCUAAUAAACACAGCAAUAAUAGGCAUAUGUAUAUUGACGGAUCAGAUUUGAUGUUCUCGUCGGUUGCGUCGCACUUAGUUUAUUCAAAUUAAAUUUAGAACGCGACGACUCUUUUAUCAUCAUCGUUCGCGUUUCCCGAGACGGCCACAAACAUACAAACAGAGACACGCCGAGCAGUAGUGAACAGUGAUUGUAAAUAUCGAAAACUCUGUGCGUUUUUAACAGUACCAUCUUAAUUCUUUAUCCCAGAUUUAAUCCAAAAAAAAUUGAAGCCCAAAAUGAAGGUAAUGGAGAAAUUUGGAGUUCCGGAGCCGCAGUGGAUCUUGGAUAGGAGAGAUUCGGGCCCGCUCUUCUGGCGCAGAGACACCAAGGAAAAUAAAUCAAGAGUGAAAUUCCGGUGCGACGUGGAGGUGCUGGAGUUCAGCAGGGGUGAGCACGAACUGGAGGAGAUCGAGUGGCCGCAAAAUCUGCAAACGUCCAGCAAUCUGACGAUGGGCAUGACCUUAGUGAUGUGCAUAGCGAUCACAGUUCUGCUGCCUUGGUACAUAAUCAUAGGAGUCAAUUGAAACAAAACUGCUGCAGUUUUUCUUUUCUUCUUAAACUUCGUUCGACUUCCAAAUUUUGCGUAUUUCGUGUUUGAUCAUCAUUGUUUUGUGUGUGUGUGUUUAUGUAUAUAUUGUGUCAUUUCCAUUUCAAUAAUAUGCGAUGACCCUUGUGCGAUGGGUCGAGGAUGGAUCGAAGCAAACAAGACCGUGAGGAAAUAAUCGCGAAAAACCAACUCUCGCACGAAGAUUAACACCGUCCGAAAAUAACAUGUAUUAGUCUAUAAUGAAACGAUUUUGUAAUGCAAUAAUGCAUGUUAUUUCGCGCAGAAGAUGAUGUCAGGAUGCGUUCAUUUCAAUAGACUAAAACCACUUUGAUUUAUUGGUACAUCUGAAUCAACGAUUCAAGUGAAGUGAAACGAUCCAGAAAACGCCUUUAAAAUAGUUAUUAGAUCUUAAUACAACUAUGAAUACAGUGAAUUCUCUAUAUAAGUGAUCAUUCAGUUGAAAUGUGAUAGUAAUUAUUAAUUACAACCUUUUCCAACAAAAUUUUUAUUUUUCUCUCUUUUCGCUUAUAACACGAAAAUUCACUGUAGUAUUUUAACAACAUUGUUUCAAUUAAAUUCCAAUUGUUAUGCCAAAAUGUAUAAAAAACUAAAAAAAAAAUACAAAUUCAUUCUGUAUGUUAUACAUACAAUGACUAGUAGCUGUAGGAAUGAAUCGUAUAUAAAUUGUGAUUGAUUAAUGGAAAGGAAUGAUGAUGUACAGUCCGUCUCUGGAUAUUUAUUAAUUUGUUUGUUUUAGUUUAUAAGAAGUUUAUGUUUUGUUGCAUUCGUAUUUAAGUUUGUUGGAGAAUUCUGUAUAUCUUUAUUAUUUAUUAAAACGCAAAUAUUCAUUUUAA